AUGAAGUUUCGAUUCAAUAAUCUCGCUCCGAAUGAGCUACCAAUUGCGGAAAAUACGGCCCACCCCUCAUCCAUAGACGAAGAAAAAACGCCUACAACCACAGCCAAUGUUCUCUAGCAAAAUGACAGCGAGGUCAUCAACAAAAAGUUUCAGCAUGGAGUGCAAGCUGCCGAAGCCAUCAACCAAGUAUGGACUAGAAAUCAUUUAAUUCUGGCCUAUAUUCUGAUCUGGAUUAUUGAAUUCCUCUUGACAUUCGCGUCCGGAUUGACCAGCACACUUAUACCCUAUGUAAAUUCUUCUUUCCAGGCCCACUCCCUCACGGCAACAACUUCCAUCAUCUCGAGUCUCAUAGCUAGUCUCAUAAACUACCAUAUGCGAAACUCAUGGAUAUUUGGGGUCGUCCUCAAGCUUUUUGUGUCAUGGUCGCUUCAUUUACUCUUGGUAUGUUUAUGAUGGCCAGAUGUGAUGAUGUUAAAACAUACUGCGCAGCUCAAGUUUUCUACUAUGUUGGUUACAAUGGAAUUAACUUCACGCUUACUAUCUUCAUCGCUGAUACAACCCAACUAAAGAACCGAGCCGGGUGGAUUGCAUUCUCUUCUUCACCUUGGAUUGCUACAGUCUGGGCAUAUGGACCUGCUGCUAAAAAUGUUUUAAAAACGAUAGGUUUUAGAUGGGGUUUUGGUAUAUGGGCCAUCAUUUUCCAGAUUAUCUGUAUACCUUUGUUCGGACUUUUCUACUAUCAUCAGAAGAAAGCCGAAAAGCAAGGAUUGAUUCAAAAGAUUGACAGCGGACGAACGUGGACUGAAUCAUUUAUCUAUCACUGCAGGGAGUCCGAUGUCAUUGGUCUAUUGCUUAUUGCAGCUGGCCUUGCUCUGUUUCUUCUAACAUUCAGCUUGUACAGCUAUCAGAAGGGCGAGUGGAAAUCCCCGUUAGUCAUUUUCUUCUUCAUCUUUGGUGGUCUAUUGAUCGUUGCAUUUGCUUUGUACGAAAUGUACCUUGCACCAGUGACCUUCAUUCCUUGGGGUUUGAUGAAGGAUCGAACAGUAUUCUUCACCUAUACAAUGGUUGCUAGUCUUUACUGCGCUUGGUACAUCUGGGACUCAUACUUUUAUUCCAUACUUAUCGUCAUAUUCAACCAAUCUGUUACGAAUGCUACAUACAUCUCAAACAUCUACACUAUUGGGUCUUGCUUUUGAGCACUAGUCGUUGGAAUUAUCAUCAGAUUUAAUGGACGCCUCAAGUGGCUGGCUCUUUACUUCGGUGUGCCUAUUACUAUUCUCGCUGUCGGUCUCUUGAUUAAGUUUCGCCAGCCGAUACCAAUAUUGGAUAUAUUGUAAUGUGUCAAACUUUUAUUGCUUUCGGUGGUGGAACCUUGGUUAUGUGCGAACAGAUGACCGUCAUGGCUGUCUCCUCUCACCAACACAUCCCCGCUAUUCUUGCUAUGGAAGCCAUGAUUGCCAGUGUUGGUGUGGCCAUCGGAUCCACCAUUGCAGCUGCACUUUGGACUGACAUAUUCCCUGUUAAGCUUGCCGAGCUUCUUCCUGCAUCAUCUCAAGCCGACUUCACAUCAAUCUAUGGUAGUUUGGUAGUGCAGUCGAGCUAUCCACAAGGAAGUGACACAAGAAAAGCUAUAAAUCAAGCCUAUGGGGAUACUCAAAUGCUGAUGUUAAUCUGUGCCACUUGUCUUUACUUCGUCACUCUCAUUUCAACCAUGUUCUGGAGAAAUAUCAAUGUCAAGGAUAUGAAGCAAAUCCACGGCCGUAUUUGGUGA